AUGUCUAUCACUAUUGACAAAAUCCUUGCUGCUUCCCCAGACACUCAACGUGGUCGUCCGACACAGCUAAGUUGUGAUCCAAAGGGGGAGCGUAUUGCUUAUGCCUCUGGUAAAUCAGUUUUCGUUCGUAAUAUCGAUGAUCCUUCAUUAAGUAAACAAUUCACAAAUCACACAACUCAAACCACCGUUGCUCGAUUCUCUCCUUCCGGUUACUAUAUUGCUAGUGGUGAUGUCUCUGGAAGCGUCAAGGUCUGGGACUCGAUAGAAGGAGUCAACGUCAAGGGAGAUUAUCAUAUUAUAAAUGGCAGAAUUAAUGAUAUUGCUUGGGAUGGAGAUUCUCAACGUAUCAUUGCAGUGGGAGAUGGUCGAGAACGAUUUGGAGCUUGUAUAACUGCGGAUAGUGGAAACACUGUGGGAGAAAUUGUUGGACAUACUUCGGUUAUCAAUUCAGUUGCAAUUCGUCAGCAAAGACCACUCAGGGCAGCUACUGGGUCUGAUGAUAUGAGCAUGGUGUUCCUCCAUGGAGCUCCUUUCAAAUUCAAUGCCAAGUUAGGAGAGCUACAUAAAGGUUACAUUUACGGAGUAGGGUUUUCGCCGGACGGAAACCACCUCGUAAGUGUCGGAGCGGAUCGCAAAAUUCAAUUAUAUGACGGAAAGACUGGUGAUACCAAGGCAAGCUUUGGAGAAGGAGAGCAUACAGGAAGUAUAUUCAGUGUCUCAUGGGCGAAAGACUCGAAGAGAUUGGUUACAGCCAGCGCUGACCAGACUGUCAAGCUAUGGGAUGUCGAAGCUGGUAAGGCUGUUCAAACUUGGAGAUUUGGUGGGGAAGGAAAUGUAAGCAUUCCUGAUCACCAGGUUGGUGUUGUCUGGCCUUCUCGCAGCGACGGAAUGAUCAUCAGUUUGAACUUGGCUGGAGAUCUAAAUUAUUUAUCUGAAGGAACGGAUAAACCAACAAAGAUUGUCCAAGGACAUGGCAAAGCUAUUACAGCUAUUGGCUCAGCACACACGGAGAAAGGUCAAACAUUGUGGACAGGUAGUUUCGAUGGUCGAGUCGUCUCCUGGGAUGUCGGCACUGGUGUUGGCUCGGCUACUGAAGGUUCUUCGCAUACCAAUCAAGUAUCUAGUUGGGCCAGCGCUGGAGAUAAAUCUUAUAGUGUUGCCUGGGAUGAUACUUUACGAACUAUUGACGUUCCUCAAAACACUUUCGUUGGUGAGGCAGCUAAGUUGAAUGGUCAACCUAAAGGAGUAGCAGCUGUGGACGACAAAUUGUAUGUUGCUACUACAAACGGCAUCGAUAUCUUCUCUGGAGGUAGCCUCGUGAAUACCGUGGCAACCAAGGACUUCACACCAACAUCUAUUACAGCAAACGGAGACAUUGUAGCGGUAGGAGAUGAUCGCAAUGUUGUACAUGUAUACAACGUUGAUGGAAACAAUUUAUCUCCCAAAACAGAACUUACAAAAUCUCUAGCUGUAAUCUCCGCAUUGGAAUUUUCACCUAGUGGAGAUCUUCUUGCGGUAGGAAAUUCAUCAGGCAAGAUUCAUGUUUAUGAUACAUCAAAUUGGGAGAUCAAGACGGAUAGAUGGGGUGGCCACACGGCAAGAAUAACCAGCAUUGAUUGGAAUGAAGCUGGAACCCAUGCCGUGAGUGGCAGUCUUGAUACGAAUGUUUUCGUUUGGAGUCUUGCGUCGCCAGGAAAGAGAGUCAAAGCUCCCAAUGCGCAUAAAGAUGGUGUUACCGGUGUUCGUUGGGUUGAUGGUGGAAAGAAAGUCGCUUCUGUAGGUGGAGAUGCUUCUUUGAAGGUUUGGGAUGUUGCUGGGUUAGCUUAA